AUGGUCCUUAGUCAGGACGUCAGAGGUGCGUCGGUUAGGAGACGCAAUAGACCGACUGUUGUUUGUACUAACUGUAAAAGACGUAAGAGUAAAUGCGAUAGGCAAAAUCCCUGCUCCAAUUGUGUUAGAUUUGGUAACAAAGAUACCUGUCACUACGUGCAGAAUCCUAAGAAUACUGAAUCCCAGCAUGGAGAAGAUACUGAUAAUAAAGUGAAGAAACAGCAGCCGCAAAUGAUUAAGGGCAAGAGAAAUGGCACCAGUAGUAGUAUUGUCGGUAGUAAAGCUAGCAGUAUAUCGCCUACGGGUCAAUCUCUGGAUGUUCCAUUGGUAUUGAGUGGUAAAAAUUAUGUUAAUCUAUCACCAAGUGGUAAUUUCGUGGAAUUCAAGAGAUCUGCAGUAACUAUGUUUUCAUAUUUUUGCAAGAGAGCUAUUCAAGAUCGAGAUUUGUAUUUGAAAGCACUAGUAACAUUUAGAUCGAUCGCUGUUGAAAUGACUACAAAUACUUUGAGAGGAACCAAGAACUAUUCAAAGAAUCCAAGUUUGCCUGAGUCUUUUAAACCACUAUCGAUAUUCGAUGCUGACGGCGAUCCGCUUUCAUCUGACAGUUUGUUCAGGCAACAUCAGUUAAUUCACAAAUCGUUGUUUGACAAGUAUGGAAAAUAUAGGAAGGAUGAAGCCAUAAAGAUUGUUGACGUUUGUGAACUUUUGAAUGAUAAUUUACCUUCAAGGAGUCUUUUCAUCGAUCACAUAUUGGUACAUUUCGAAUCUCAUGUCAUUCAUAUGGUCCCCAUUUUUGAAAUGGAAUUUUUAAAAUACGACGUUAACAACUUUUAUGAUAAAUGGGAGCAAUCAAGAGAGAUAUCUGUUAAAGAUUUUGAUCAUAUGGUUUGUUGUGUUAUUCUAUUAAUCACCAAGAUCUGUAUUUUGUCAACUAAAUUUGCCAGACUACCAUCAGAAUUACUCGAACAUUUCGAAAAAUUGGAUACAAGCAAAUACAUUGCCAUUAUUCAUUACUACAUGUUUGAAAUGAAAUCUUUAAGGAAAUGUACGCUACGGCAAUUACAAAUCCUGCUUUUACUAAGAUUUUACCAUUGGUGUGCACCAGAGGAUGGUGAUGGUGAUUCCCUACAACAUAGUCAUAUUUUGAUGGGGACUAUCAUUGCAAGUUGUCAGGAAAUGGGUAUAUCUUGGUUAUGUAUCAGGGAUCCUGGCAUUUAUUGGUUUCAAUUAUUUGGACAAUCUAAGAGGGUGCCUUUUAUAUUAAGUCCCGAAGAUUUCAAAAUAAUUUAUCAAAUGAUUUGGAGUUAUGUGUUACAUUGGGAUAGGAAAAUGUUUUUAAUUAACGGUCAGGAAUGUUUAAUUGGUAAAAGUCAUCUAUAUGAUGUCACAGGGCAGGAGCUUUCGUGGCAUCAUAGGAUGGUAGCCCUAGAUCACAUUAUUAUGAAGAUGAACGACAUUUUGAAUGAUUCACCUUCCAGAGUGGAUAUCGUUGCACUGAAACAAGAAUGGAAUAAUGCAUUGCGAAUUUUUGAACUUAUCAGAGAUACUAAAAAAGAACAUCUACAUUUAAAUUUUGAAUACGAAACGACGUUAGAGUUAUUCAGGCUAUGUUUAUCCCAUGCAGAGUUGACUCAUCUAGAACAGGUUAACGAUGUGGAAAGUUUCCACCUCACAGUUCAAUCACUUUGGGAUCAAAUUGUAAAACUUGCCAGCAAAUGCCAUCGAUAUUUUUAUGGUCCACAGGAAAUGGAUCCAUAUAGUCGAUUUUUCACCAAUAAAAUUAUAAGUGUAGUAGCAGAUAAGCUAUGCACACUAAUACCCGCGUUUGUGCUGCGUUUAAAUCGUUUCGGGGAAAUGGGAUUUGACCAGAUGAAUAUGAUGGUUAAAUUUUUAUUUGGUGUUUGUUCCAUGUAUUAUAAUGAACUUGGAUUUGAUUAUUACCGUUGUUUUGAGAGUAUGUUUACCGCUAAGAUAAGUUAUAAAAUAUUGAAUAGACCUCGAAAUAAAAAUCCCUGGGAAAUAAUUUUGGAAUUUCUACUUUGUCAACUAGAAAAAGAAGGUAUUAAAGAUCAAUUAAGGGAGUUAAAAAUUAUUCAAAAUUUACCUGUACUCGUAAGCCUUCGAGAAAGUUUAAAUUUGAUUCCAGAAUAUCAUCGAGACGCUGUUAAGCUUUGGAAUACCGAUGUGGUCCCUAUAGGCCACUCUAGUGUUAAUUUUACACUUAACUUGCGUGAAGAAUCAUUGGAACCUUUUUUGGUGGAUAGAUAUUCCCAAACUUUCAAUAUUUUCACCUCUUUUUAUGAUCAUGCAAGUUCGCAAUUGGCUGAGGAAGCCGAGGACACUAGUUCAAAAAUACAAUACAACGUCGAAAACUCUGCAGAGCAAGCUCAGGAGAUUGCAGAAACAAAUGCUGUUCCAGUUGAGCAUCCUUUAUCAUUGGAGCCCACGAAUCCGGUAAAUCUAGAAGAAUCUAACUUGGAGUUGAUUCGAAAUAUGUUUGAACCUCUCGAUUUUAUUUCUUUUUUCUGA